ACUUCCGUCCAGCGCUUUGUUCGCAGGAGACGCUUCUCUCUUUCAUCAAAUCUCUUAGAAGUGAAUCAAAAAUGGCCAUGACACUUGGUUACUGGGACAUCCGCGGGCUUGCCCAGCCCAUCCGCUUGCUGCUGGAGUACACCGACACCAAAUACGAGGAAAAGUUAUACUCCUGUGGUGAAGCUCCAGACUAUGACAAGACCUGCUGGAUUAAUGAAAAGGAUAAACUGGGAAUAAACUUUGUCAAUCUGCCCUAUCUUUUGGAUGGAGACAGGAAGAUUGUGCAGAGCAAUGCUAUCAUGAGAUACAUCGCUCGUAAGCACAAUAUGUGUGGAGAAACGGAGGACGAAAAGGUCCGAGUGGACAUCUUGGAGAAUCAGGCAAUGGACUUCAGAAAUGGCUUCGUGAUGAUGUGCUACACUGACCUUGACAACAAAAAGCCAGGGUACCUGAAGAAUCUGCCAGGUGUACUGAAGCAGUUCUCUGAUUUCUUGGGAGGCAUGAAGUGGUUUGCUGGUGACAAGAUCACUUUUGUGGACUUCAUCAUGUACGAGCUUUUCGAUCAACACAGGAUGUUUCAUCCUUCGUGCUUUGAUGAUUUCCAGAACUUGAAAGACUUUAUGGACCGUUUUGAGAACCUGGAUAAGAUUGCUGCCUACAUGAAGUCUGACAGAUUCAUAAAGACUCCUGUCAACAACAAGAUGGCUAAAUGGGGAAACAAAAAGGAGUGAGUCGACUAUUUGCCUCUGGAAGAACAGCCUUAAGUUCCACAAGUUCCUUAAGUUCCACUUGCUAAGAAUCAGCACAUUCAGUACAAGAAAUUUCACAAUUUGCCUUUAAGUAGUGAAACCUUGUUGCUUGUGUAAGCUUCAUGUCCUGUAACCUCAGCAAUUUACCAUUUCUACAAACAUUUACUAACAUUUGCAAAAAAAAAAGAAAUAACUUUGUACUGUUUAUGAACCUUUUUGAUGUGAAACGUUUAUUUUCAGUUAAAACAUCUAUAACCAUUAUUUCUGACAGAUUAAAUUGAAUCUUGUACUGA